CGUGGUUUUCUUUAUAUCAUUUUUUAAAGUGUUCAACAUUUGGUAUUUUAUUAACACGUAUUGUAACACUAUGCUGAUUAAUAUUUUAGCAUUUAUUAUUUUAUGUUCAGUUCCAGGAUAUUUUUCUUUUGAUUAUUUGGAUUCGUCACCUACGUUUCCCGAUGACAACAGUCAUGAACAAAUCGACCACACACUUAUCUUGGCCAAACACAUAAGCAACCUCUAUCUUAGUGAAAGCUAUAAAGAUGUUGAUUUGGACAUAGACGGAGAAGAAGUGCCCGCCCAUCGUAUUUUACUAGCCUCAAGAAGCGAAAAUUUUGGGGCCUUAUUGUAUGGAGAAGAUGGAAAACCCUAUACAAAUAAUGUGAAAAUAAGUGAAACACCAGUUGCCUUAUUUAUGAUACUUCUUAAAUAUACUUAUACUGGUCAAGUCAAUUUAAGUGAUCUUGAGGAUACAGCGGUUUUUAAAUUAGGUAGGAUUUCGGAAUAUUUUGGUUUUUUUGACUUAAAACAUUCACUACAAGAGUACAGUAACGAACAAAUCGAUCACGUUCACCUCUUAGUCAGCGACAUAAGCAACCUCUAUUUGAGCAAAAGCUAUUCAGAUGUUGUUUUGGUUGUAGGCGGAGAAGAAUUUCACGCCCACCGUUUUUUAUUAGCCUCACGCAGCUAUUAUUUUGGGGUCUUAUUAUUUGGAGGUCAUAGAGAAACCUAUGACAAAAAAGUGCCAAUAAAUGACGUACCAGUUAACUUAUUUAAGAAACUUCUUAAAUAUAUUUAUACUGGUCUAGUCGUUUUAAGUGAUCUUGAGGGUUUAGAUGUUUUAGAAUUCUAUAGGAUUUCGGAUUUAUUUGGGUUUUUAGACUUAACAAAUUCACUAAACGAUUAUUUGCAAACAACAUUUGAAGCAGAAAACGUAUGUUCUUUCUUUGUUAUAACACGAAGUUUUCAAUACAAGAAGCUCAUUGACGCAUCACUAGACUUUAUCGACAACAAUGCUGAGGAUGUAUUGACGGCUGAUGGUUUUCUGUCUUUGCCACUUGAAGCUCUUCAAGAAAUUAUCAUUCGUGACUCCUUUUAUACUAAUGAAUUUGAGAUAUUUCAUGCGGUUUGUCGCUGGAUCCAUCAGAAACACGACGAUCUGGAUCAUUAUUCUAAAGUCAAAGUUUUAUCCGCCGUCAGAUAUUCGUUAAUGAGUGCUGACGAAAUGUCUAAAGCUAUGAAAUCAAAACUGGUGGGUUCGGAUAUAAUUUCAGAAGCCAUACAAAAGAGAAAAACGUCGUCACCGGAACAUCAAUUUCGAGGACAGCGAAAACCCAAUGUGAGUCUUUAUUUUGCGCCGCUAAAACUAACCAAUGGGAAUCUUAUUCCUUGGGUUGAGCGGCUUCAUGGGCAUAACGAUGACGAAGACCUUGACGGCGGUUAUAAUGUGAUAAGGUUUGACAAUCGAACUCUUAUAAAUUAUAUUGAGAUAAAGUUAUGGAAUAUAUCUACAAGCGAUGAUCAAAGGUAUUACUCAUAUGACAUUGAAGUUUCAAUGGAUGGGUACAAUUGGACACGUGUUAUAAAUCAUUCAAAUUAUAAUUGCCGAUCGCUUCAACGAUUAUGGAUUCAACCACGCAUAGUUCAGUAUAUACACGUUGUUGGAUCCAAAAGUGAUCCCAAUGUGACUUUUAAAUUUUGUGGUGUCCAGUACAAUACAAAUGAAAUGCACAUGGUGGAAAUCAAUAAUGGAUUUGUCGAUCAAUUAUAA